AUGAAGAUAAAGGAGCUAGCAAAAUGUCCGUCUGACACAAAUUUAAAUGCACAUAAUAACCCGGACACAUCCUAUUCUCAGAAAAAAAGAAAGAAAGAAGGAUAUAUAAAGUUGAACCAUCAUCUAUGCCUCGUCCUCUUUAGUGGGCCUGUCCUUUGCAAUGCGUGGGAGCAAGCCCUGGGCCCAAUCCCAGGCAUUGAGAACCAAGUAGCUUCCGAUGCCAGCAAUGAAGCCAUAGGCGAUGGAAUACGUCAAGGGCAUCAAGAGCAUGGUGAGGAAUGCGGGAAUGGCCUCUCUCAUAUCCCCCCAUUCCACUUCCCCCGUGGCCCUCAUCAUCAUCACCCCCACUCCCACCAGCGGCGGCCCCACCGCCCACGCCGGUAUCGACGCCAGCAGCGGCGUCACGAAAAGGGCCGCCCCGAAGUAGGCUGCAGCGGCCAGCGCCGUGAGCCCCGUGCGUCCCCCCUCCCUUAUCCCCGUCGACGACUCUAUGAAAGCCGUCACGGGCGACGUCCCCAGCAGCGACCCCACCACGAUGGCCGACGCGUCAGCCAUGAAAGCAAAGUACUGCCCCUCGAAAUCUCCGUUGCCGUCCGUGAGUCCCGCGAAACUCGCCAUCGAGCACAGUGUCCCCGUCGUGUCCAGUAUGUCCACGUACAGAAACGUGGCCACCGCCUCCCAGAAUCGCCGCCUCCCCACCCCCGCGAAGCUCAGCGCUCCCGCCGUGGUCUCGAUCUCGUGCGCGUCCACUACUCUCUUGAAAUAUCGGUACGCGGCGUCCCCGGCCGGAGUCUGGGGGAACGCCGUCACGGAGGUGUUCCUGAACCAGGAGACGGCGGUGACGAAGACGAUGCCGUAUAUGAUGGCGCCCUUCACUUCUUUUACCAGACAGUAGGCUAUGAGGACGAAGCCAGCGACGCCGAGCCAGAGGGUGGGGCUGCGCAUCGUCCCGUGCAGGCAGAGGAUGUUAUCCGAGACACUGCCGCCGGGGAUGAGGGAGACGGUGCCGUUGGGGAAUGCAACGACGGGUGCCACGGCUGCACGCGCGGAGCUGGGGCAGCCGCCGAGGGUGACCUUGGCACGAAGGCCGACAACAGAGAUGAGGAGGAAGAUGAGGCCUUCCACAAAGACCACAGCGAGGGCCUCCCGGUAGGAGAGGUCGCCGGAGCCGUGGAAGCCGACCAUGGUGUAGGCAAAGUAGGCGUUGGCGCCCAUCCCGGGGGCAAGGGCGAGGGGGAGGUUGGCGAACACUCCCAUGAUCACGCAGCCGACUAUGGAGGAUGCGGCCGUGGCCACGAUGAGGUCGCGUUUGGUGGUCUCGAGGCACGCGGCGUAGCCCGGGUUGACGGGAGGGAAUUUGCAGGCGGGGGUGGGGGGGACGAGGGUGAGGUUGCUCGCGCGGCAGUCAGGGGCGGAGAGCAAUGGGUCGGAGCAUAUGGGGGUGCAGUCGGAGAUGGAGCAGGUGCCGCCGGAGUCGGAGAGGAUGGAGGCGUUGACGGCAAGGAUGUAGGCCAUGGUGAGGAACGUGGCGGUGCCAGCACGGAGCUCUGUGGUGAAGGUGCUCUUGCGCUCGGUCAGCUUGAAGCGUCUCCCGAUGCGGCUGGCAGCGACGUAGGAGUUGAGGCGGUCAUUCUUUGUUUUUCUAAUGGAAAAUCUUCUAUAAUCAUAUCCCGCACAGAAUGA